ACCUCCUAGUGAGGCCAUACUGUACUACCCCUGGGAACUUUCUCAGAUGGCCUACGUGUUUAAGCGAGGUAGACGCAAGGAACGCGUUCAGUUUGACAAGAUCACAGCUCGGAUAGCCAAGCUCUGCUAUGGUCUCGACAAGGAUCAUGUAGAUCCGAUUGGCGUUGCCCAGAAGGUCAUCGCCGGUGUAUACGCGGGUGUGACGACUGUUGAACUUGAUAACCUUGCUGCCGAGACUGCUGCCUACCUCACGACAAAACACCCCGAUUACGCCAUCCUCGCAGCCCGUAUCGCUGUAUCAAAUUUGCACAAGGAGACGAAGAAGAAUUUUUCCGCUGUCAUCAGCGACUUGUAUCACUAUGUGAAUCCCAAGAACGGCAAACCUGCUGGUUUGAUCUCCAAGGAGAUUUAUGAGGUCGUACAGGCGAAUGCCGAAGUGCUUGAUUCGGCUAUCAUUUACGACCGUGACUUCAACUACAACUUCUUCGGAUUCAAGACGCUCGAGCGUUCCUAUCUGUUGAAGCUCAAUGGUCGUGUCGCCGAGCGACCACAGCACCUCCUCAUGCGUGUCGCUGUCGGUAUUCACGGUGCCGACAUCGAGCGCGCCCUCCAGACCUACAAUCUUAUGUCUGAGCGUUAUUUCACUCACGCAUCUCCUACACUCUUCAAUGCGGGUACCCCUAACCCCCAGAUGAGCUCAUGCUUCCUCGUGUGCAUGAAGGACGACUCCAUCGAGGGAAUCUACUCAACCCUCAAGGACUGUGCAAUGAUCAGCAAGACGGCUGGCGGAAUCGGUCUCAACAUUCACAACAUUCGCGCAACUGGUUCUUACAUCGCGGGCACAAAUGGCUACUCGAAUGGUAUCGUCCCUAUGCUCCGGGUCUACGAUGCUACUGCGCGUUACGUCGACCAAGGCGGAAACAAGCGGCCUGGUGCCUUUGCGAUCUAUCUGGAGCCCUGGCACGCAGACGUAUUUGAGUUCCUGGACCUCCGCAAGAACCAUGGCAAGGAAGAAGUUCGCGCACGUGACCUCUUCUACGCCCUCUGGACUCCCGACCUCUUCAUGAAGCGUGUCGAGUCUGGCGGCAAGUGGUCACUGUUCUGUCCUAGCGAGGCGCCUGGUCUCCAUGAGGUCUGGGGUGAGGAGUUUGAGGCGUUGUACGAGCAGUACGAGCGUGAGGGUCGCGCCAGGAAGACGAUCGACGCUCAGAAGCUGUGGUAUGCUAUCCUAGAGUCUCAAAUCGAGACUGGUGGUCCUUUCAUGCUCUACAAGGACGCCGCCAACCGGAAAUCAAACCAACAAAACCUCGGCACGAUCAAGUCGUCCAACUUGUGCACGGAGAUCAUUGAGUACUCUGCGCCCGAUGAGACUGCUGUUUGCAACCUUGCGUCUAUCGCCCUCCCUUCCUUCAUCGAGAACGGGAAGUACAACUUCCAGAAGCUUCAUGACGUCGCCAAGGUCGUCGCCUUCAACCUGAACCGCAUCAUUGAUGUCAAUUACUACCCUAUUCCCGAGGCGCGUCGCUCGAACAUGCGCCACCGCCCCAUCGGCAUCGGCGUGCAGGGGCUUGCGGACGCUUUCAUGGCGCUUCGUAUGCCGUUCGACUCUGUUGAGGCGCGCCUACUCAACCUUCAGAUUGCCGAGACCAUCUACCACGCUGCUGUCGAGGCAAGUUGCGAGAUGGCGCAGAAGGACGGCCCCUAUGAGACGUACCAGGGCAGCCCCGCGUCGCAGGGCAAGCUCCAGUAUGACUUGUGGGGCGUCACCCCGACCGACCUCUGGGACUGGGCGAGCCUCAAGGCGAAAGUCGCGCAGCACGGUCUCCGCAACUCCCUACUCAUCGCCCCCAUGCCCACCGCCUCGACGUCGCAGAUCCUCGGUAACAACGAGUGCUUCGAGCCCUACACGAGCAACAUCUACACUCGCCGUGUCCUCGCCGGCGAAUUCCAGGUCGUGUGCCCGUGGCUGCUCCGCGAGCUGGUCGAGCUGGGCCUCUGGAACGACGACAUGAAGAACAUGAUUAUCGCGAACAACGGCUCGGUGCAGAACAUCGACAUCAUCCCCGAGGACGUCAAGGCGAUCUACAAGACGGUCUGGGAGAUCUCGCAGAAGAAGGUCCUCGACCUCGCGGCGGACCGCGGCGCGUUCAUCUGCCAGUCGCAGUCGCUCAACGUCCACCUCCAGUCGCCGACGAACGGGCAGCUGACGAGUAUGCACUUCUACGGCUGGAAGAAGGGCCUCAAGACAGGCAUGUAUUACCUGCGCACGCGCCCCGCAGCGCAGGCGAUCAAGUUCACCGUGGACAGCUCGUACCUCAAGAACGCGGCGAAGAAGACGCAGGCGAAGGCGAACGGUGUCAACGGUGCCGCUACGCCUGUUGCGCCUGCCACGCCAAUCAAGGUCAAGGAGGAGUCUGUAACUCCUUCGCUGGCCACCCCUGUCACGAACGGCAAGGUCAACGGCGUCGACGGCAUCAAUGGCGUCAACGGUACUAAUGGUGUCGACUCUUCCGACUCUGCUUCACCUUCUCCUACUGUCUCCGCCGUCAACGACGCUGCUCUGGUAUCGGCAGCCGGCCAGCUCUCGCUUGACGAGCGUACACAGAAGGCGGCGGAGGCGGAUCCAGAGUUCGCUGCUGCUCUUCAACGUCAGCGUGAUCGCGAGCUUGAGCAGGCAAAGCUCAUGUGCUCGAUUGAGAAUAAGGAGGCGUGCCUGAUGUGCUCCGGCUGAGUGCGUCUUGUCUCUCGGUUGGGGUACUUUGGUGUAAGUUGGGACGGACUCGCAGCUGUGUAUCGUUUUUCAUCGCAUGUUUUCCUCUGUAUAUCUGGCUACCUUGUCUAUGGCUGUCUGACUUGCCACAUAUGCAUAGCAUCCUGUUCCAGUUGUAGCUGUAUGAAACGCAUAACCCCUUAAUAGACCUCAUUACCU